CGUUUUGUAAAAUAAUUUUUACCCGGUGCCCGAAAAACGGUCUUUUAAAGUUGCCGCUGUCCAUGGUAACGGAUGUGAUAGGCUGAACCUGGGAAAGAAAGAAGCUCGCCUCGUUCAGAAUAGCAGCGGCGCUGGAGUAGCCAACAGUCGUCGUCUGAUAGCUCCAGCCAAAACGGGACAACGAACCUUUUUUAUUUUAUUUAUUUAUUUGGUUCGAUUGAUAUCCUCUUCUCAAACAAGAUGUGACUUUUAUAACAAGACUAAUACCUUUAGAAUAUUCAUGUCAGGAUAGCCGGGAGAGAGAACGCGGAGGGGGUUUUGCGAAUGGAAGUUAUUUGUUGUGAAUUGUUUUGAGUAUGUUAUGCCGACGUGAGUUUGUUUUUGGGUUGUCUCUGUUCGCCGUGGACCUUUAAUUUGGAAUCUAACGACGAAAACCAGAUCGUCGAGGGAAACCCAGAGUGAGGAUUCUACGAAGCCAGAGAGCUCCCAACAGACCGGGGAUUUAAAUUGUGUUUGGUGUGCUCCGGGAGAAGCGAGAGUCAAAGAAAGAAAUUCAUGUGGCCAUUCUCUCUUUAGCUAAAUAUUUUGGAUUGCAGAAUGAGCAAGGAAAGACCCAAGAGGAAUAUCAUCCAAAAGAAAUACGAUGAUAUUGAUGGGAUCCCCUGGUCAGAGGAAAGGGAUGUGAGGAAGGUGCUCUAUCUCUCCCUGAAGGAGUUCAAGACUGCUCAGAAAAGGCAGCUCGGAGACGGCAUCGGCGAUGGAACCAAAUACACUAAUGGUUCCCAUGCCCGCGGGCAGCUCAAUGGCUCAGGGCAGAAGGGCCACAAUGCUGACGGGUCACGGUUCCAGAGCACCGACGGCAGCAGCGAGUACUCUGAGGAUGGCCCUGCCAAGAAGAGGCCCAGACUGCAAGCACAGAGGAAGUUUGCCCAGUCUCAGCCCAACUCUCCCAGCACCACCCCGGUCAAGGUGUCUGAUACCGCCCUGCCCGCACCCUCCGCUCACAUCAGAGACAUCUCAAGACGAAAACCCAAGACUGAAGAUUUCCUCACCUUCCUCUGCCUGAGAGGUUACUCCUCGUGGCCAAAUGAAGGGUCAUCAGUGUUGCCCAGUAACAUGGCGUACUUUGGGAGCUCUCAGGAUGAAGAUGCACUGGAUGAUGAAGAGGAGUACGAGGAUGUAAAGCCAGACGUCAGCGUGGCAUCUACUUCCUGUCAGUCCACGCCCAGGAAGGGCAAACCCCAAGGGAAACACGCCGUCAAUGGCCACGUGUUGAACGGCCCCAGCAAGGCACCCCGAGACAGCCCCAAGCCCAGAGGGAAGGAGUGGGUGCAGGUGAGAGAGCGCAGUGAGAGAGCCGAGGCCCGGAGGGAGCAGGCCCUCAGCCAGCUAAAGGCUACAGCCAGGGGCCACACUACCAACGGACUGCCCCACAGGAGGGCCGCAGAGGAGCUCAGCAAGCAGGUCUCUAAAGUGAACGGAGUCACACGGGCGUCCCAGACAGGCAUGCACACGGCCGGUGCCAAAAAACCGAAAGACUUCAGACUGCCGUCCAAAACUGUGAAUGGCCUCGUCACAUACACCAAAGGAAAACGAGAAAUGGUCAAGAAAACCAAACUGAACAAGCGCAAACACAGCACUGCUGCUACCCAUAGAGCCCAUAGCAACAAUCGCCACCACAACCACCUCCAGCGCCACCAGCGACUCCCCCUCUCCAACUCAGGAAAAGCCCAGAAUAGCAAAGCAAAAACAAGCAAACAGGUGCUAUUAUCCAAUGGGGUGCACAAGGUGACCAACGGGGGCGGAGUGCGCUUCAACGGGCACCUCUGUGCCAAGCAGGAGGUGGGCAGGCAGGGGCGUGAGGGACUGAGGAACUCCAAGCGGAGGCUGGAGGUGGCGGUGGCUGCCAUUGGGGCGGUGGCUGACUCCCAGGGUAAGCUGGUCAUCCUGGAGACUAACCCCAACCGUAAGAAGACCAAACAGAACCAGAGCAGCCCCCUGGACGGUAAGACUAAGCACCAGACCAGCCCUCUGGAGACACGCAGUAAGAAAGCGUGUCAGGGUAAGGCCUCGGUCCCUAACGGACACAUCGUCAUGGAAACCACCCCUCCCCCCUCCCUGCUAGCCCCACCCCCUCCUUCCACACCACUAGCCAAUCCAGAGCCAGGGCGUCAGCGGCCCAAGCGAGCGUCAGCCGGCAAGUUGAUGUUCAUCAGACAAGCACAGCACCGGGCGCAGGCUGCCUCUAACCCUAACCACACCCUUAACCGCUCAACUACCUCAGAGUCGCCUGGCCACACCCCCGGGCAUACCCCUCACAAACCAGCAGAGCCCCGGCCUGACAGGGAGUGGGAAAGGGAGAAGGAGCGGGAUAAAGAGAGGGAGCGGGCGGAGAGGAGCAGGGCGAGCUGGCCAGCGUUGGGUGAGGCACCAGAGUUCUGUCCCACCCAGCGGGAGUUCCAGGACCCCCUGGUGUACCUGGACUCUGUGCGGGAGGGGGCGGAGCCCUGCGGACUGUGUCGGGUGGUUCCCCCGGCUGACUGGCGCCCAGAGUGCAAACUGAACGAUGAGAUGCGCUUUGUGACCCAGGUGCAGCGCAUCCACAAGCUAGGCCGUCGCUGGGGCCCUAACGUACAGAGGCUAGCCUGCAUCAAGAAGCACCUCAAAUCUCAGGGCAUCACCAUGGAAGACCCCCCACUCAUCGGUGGCUGCGAGGUGGACCUGGCUCGGUUCUUCCAGCUGAUUAAUGACAUGGGCGGCAUGCAGCAGGUUAUGGACCUGAAGAAGUGGAGUAAACUGGCUGAUCUGCUGCGAAUCCCCAAGUCAGCCCAGGACCGGCUGGCCAAGCUGCAGGAGUCCUACCUCCAGUACCUGCUGUCCUAUGACUCUCUGUCCCUAGAGGAGCACCGGCGCCUGGAGAGGGAGGUGCUGCAGGAGAAGGAGGGCCUGGAGCGCCGCAGGGGGCCCCUGGAGGGCCACACAGAGAGGAGCCUGACCCUGCCACGCUACGAGCCCAAGAACGGGCUGGUCGGCAGUCUGGUGCAGCACAGCAACGGUCAGCUGUGCAGCCGGCUGAAGGAGCUGGACAGUCAGCAGCUCAAGGUGGGACGCCGGAGGCUGUUCUCUCAGGAAAAGAGGAAUGGGGAAAUGACACAGCAGGAGGAAGAUGAGGAGGAGGAGGAGAAGGGGGUUCUCAGCGACCAGCACAAGUGUAUUUACAAGGGGAAAUCUGUAUCGCUCACCAACUUCUUCAGGAUAGCCAGGAACACCAUGAUCAUGUGCUUUAACAAAGAGCCUGGGGCUGCUGAGGUCGAGCAAGAAUACUGGAGGAUAGUGGAGCAGAGGCACUGCCAUGUGGCAGUGCAUUAUGGGAAAGUGGACACCAACACGCACGGAAGUGGCUUCCCCGUGGGAAAGUCAGAGCCAUUUUCUAAACAUGGAUGGAACCUCACUGUCCUCCCUAAUAAUUCUGGAUCCAUUCUGCGGCAUCUUGGAGCUGUGCCCGGGGUCACCAUUCCUUGGCUGAACAUUGGCAUGGUCUUUUCUACCUCAUGCUGGUCUCGAGACCAAAACCGCCUUCCAUACAUUGAUUACUUACACACUGGUGCUGACUGCAUUUGGUAUUCUAUUCCUGCUGAGGAGAAGGUGAAGCUUGACAAGGUGGUUCACACACUGCUGCAGGCCAAUGGGACCCCUGGGCUGGAGAUGCUGGAGAAGAACAUCAUGAUCUCUCCAGAGGUGCUUUGUCGAGAGGGUAUCAAGGUCCACCGCACCGUCCAGCAGAGCGGUCAGUUUGUGGUCUGCUUCCCUGGGACCUUUGUGUCCAAGGUCUGCUGUGGCUACAGUGUGUCGGAAACUGUGCAUUUUGCCACCCCACAGUGGAUGAACCUGGGAUAUGAGGCUGCUAAGGACCUGAAAUGCCGGCACAUAGCCAAACCCUUCUCCAUGGAGAAGUUACUCUACCAGAUCGCCACGGCCGAAUCCAAACGCGAGAACGGGCACAUUCUGACUACGAUUUCCGCCCUUCUCAAAGACCUCAGGAACAUAGAGAUGAGACAACGGCAGGAACUGUACGAGGCAGGGCUUCUGUCCUCUGCCCGCUACGGAACACAUGAUAACAGCCUGUUGCCCGGUGAUGGACGCAAGAAACCCAGGAAGUGGCUGGCGCUGGAGUCGUCAGAGAGACGCUGCCAGACUUGCCAACACCUCUGCUACCUGUCCAUGGUGGUCCAGGAGAAUGAGAACGUUGUCUUCUGUUUGGAGUGUGCUUUGAGAUACGUGGAGAAUCACAAGUCCUGCAGAGGCCUCAAGAUGAUGUAUCGUUACGAUGAGGAGCAGAUCAACAGCUUGGUGAAGCAGGUGUGUGGUAAGGCCCUGGGGAAGACGACCGAGAAAUGUAACGGUGCAAGCCCCAUCAAACCACCACCUAAACGCGGACCCCGGAAGAGAGAGACCGUGGAGGUGUCCCUGUCCCGCCUCUCCUCUUCCCACCUGUCUCCUGCAGCGGUCACAUGAGGACGUUAACACCCCCCACUGCCCCUCCAUCUUAGUUUGGAGAAUCACUGUUGUCCUUUUUUUAAAGAAAGAAAAAAUAUAAUGCCCCAAAUCUCCCACGCAACCGUACUAUGACGAACUACCCCACCCACCCCCUUAGUAUGGCAAACUUGUGAAAGCAAGCAGUCUUUUUUUGCACUAGCACGGAAAAUGUUUUUUCAGUUGAUUUUUUUUCUGGGGGGGGUGGUGUGUUAGCAUUAAUUGAAACGUUCACAGGUAAAUGUUGUGCCCCUUUCACUGCCCCCCCCGAAUGUGUGCAGUCAGACCCAUCGCCAUCUGUCACUCAACUGUGAACAAAGGGAUGAGUGGAGAAGGUGCUCCUUUUUUCAUUUUAUUGAAAUGACACAAGUAGAACCCAAAGUUCUCUCUUCUUUAGUUUUUGAAGAUGAGUUAUUUUUAUUCUCCUCUGCCUGCAGAAGCUCCUGUUGUUUAGGGCCUGUUGCUCCCUAACCCACGCCAGGUAGAACUUGAAAGGCAGAUGUGUUUUGGCUGGCUUGUUUUAUUUGGGAUUUUAGCUUUGAUUUUUAGAUUUUGAGGAAGUCUUCUGUGUUUAUUUUGUCAUCGUUGUUUCCUUUUUCUUUGUUACUUGUGGAACUAGUGGUGCCAUGGCUGUAUGUCAGAAACACAGCCUGGGUUGCCGUGGCUGUAUGUCAAACGGACCACGGUGCCAUGGCUGUAUGUCAGAAAUACAGACCUCGGUGCCGCUGGUCUCUGUCUCUGUAGUAGGAGGGAGGCCUCCUUCGCUAGCAAGUGAAAACUGUGCCUGAUACUCAACAAAGAGAUCCAUUGUUUUUGGUGCUGUUGGUUAUUACUGUAUAACAAUACAAAAGAAAGGUGGGGUGCUGGCUAACUGCUAGCCCCUUCUCCCACAGGGCGGUAGCCUCUAGGCUCUCCUCUCCCAUAGGGUUAGGGUUCUAGGCUCUCCUCUCCCAUAGGGUUAGGGUUCUCGGCUCUCCUCUUCUCGAUGUGCAAUCAUGUUAACAUUCCAUUCUUCCAGUCCUACUGUUUCAUCUGUAUCAGUUAACAUUAAUAAUUUUAUUAUUUUCUAUUUUGAUUGUGUUUUUGUUCUAAUGUGCGAGUAGAGUCACUAGUCAAAGGGUGUGAAAUGUGAAAUAUGGAAAUCCACAUUUUUGUUGUUUUGGGGUGUGUAUUUGAGGUUUUUCCCUUUUUUUCAGAUGUAUUAUGAAUUAUUUUAGCAGAAGGUCCAACACAACAUACAUUUUUGUACAUAAUCCUGUAAAUGUCUUUAAAUACUCAAGCCUUUUCUGGGGUGAAGGAAGGAAAAUGAUACCAUUUUAAAGGUAUUACAGGAAGCAAGGGAGGAAGUGCUUGAUGAAGAAAAGCCUUACGUUUCAGUUUCUUCAUCUGUGUGAGUUUGAUGCUUACAGGGUUGCUCUGGUUACGUGUAUACAUUUUAAGUGCUGCUUACAUCACUAAGACAAAGAUAUGGAGUAGCUAUGGCCCCCUAGUUUUUUUAAACAUUUUUUUUUCCUUUUAGCUUUACUUUUUUAAAGAAAAGGGAACAUAUGUUCACACAAAUGUACUGAAAAUUCAACAAUGUAGUAGCUCCUCAUGUUGCACUGAGCUUGCCAGUGGUGGCUGACAAGGUGAUUCUAUUAUCCAGUUUGUUGGUGGUUGUUGUCCUUUACAGAAGACUGAACUGUUUUAGGAAUAUUUAAUGAAAACCAAGUCGGUCGUUUUCAACAAAAGUGGUUAAGUUUUUAUGGCCUUACAAUGUAUUUUAUUCAGAUUUCUUUGCAAUUUUCUUUUUCUACAGUAUAAACUAUUGCUCACGGUCUGGCAAGUUAAUUUAUUAGCACUGCGUCUCCAUCUUUCCUUCCACUUGGAAAGAGUUCAUGUUGGUUAUAUUGCCAGUUUUUUACUUUUGCAGUUUGUACUAAAGGUUUAAUAAAAACGUACAGACAA